AAGCAUCGCCCAGGUUGUGUCGAAAGCAUCUUGCUAUUAGCGCUUAGCUAGCAGCUGACCAAAUAUCAAGCGAUGUGUUGAUUUCUCGAACUAUUGGAGUAAAAACAUGUACCGGACUCUAGCAGAGGCAGAGAAGAAAAGGCACCCCCUCCUCCAGCAUGCUUUUUAUCGCUGAGAUUUAAGGAGGUUAUUUAUCAAGAAGACACUAGCCCUGGCUAACGCUACAAAGUUUGACGGACAAGAGCCAUUUGCUAGCAAGAUUGCGGGUUGUCAAUUUACUCCGACGGUUUAGAUUGUCUGGGAGCUAUCUGUCAUCUCAUCGAUUAAAAUCGCGACUCCUCCACGGAUUAAUAUUCACAUAAUUUGAUCACUCUCAAGUGGGUGCUAACGUGAAUGCGAGUGAAUAUACAUGAUUGACAACUCUUUAGCAACUAAUGCUAACGCCGUUGCUUAAACUUUCAGUGUUUUCACGUAAAUAAUAGUGUCGCAUUUCUCAGAGAAAAUAUCGAGCGACACAAUUCAAUAAACAGAAUGUAAAUGGUUUACAAACUGCUUUGUUUGUGGGGAUAAAACACUAAGGAUGUCAAACACUAGGAUUACUACCAGGACGACGUGUCAACGCACAUCUGUCCGUUGCCUUGCGCUCUUCACAGUGCAGCAUCAAUAAAUAAUUUGUAGUUGCGUGAAGUGGAAUAUCUCAAGUAGAAAAUAAGUGUUUUACAAUUCUCUGAUAGUUCGAAUAGGGAAGGAAGUAAUCUGGGUGGAGUUAUGUCGGGGAACACGUCUGAUAGUAGUGAUGACUCCGAUCCACAGACAAAUGAAAAUGCCUGUACCGUCAAGCUUCAAAUCACAAAUGCUAACCUCACAGGACACACUGAGAAGGUUGGCAUGGAGAACUUUGAACUACUCAAAGUUUUAGGCACUGGAGCAUAUGGAAAAGUUUUUUUAGUGAGAAAGAACAGCGGGCACGAUGCUGGCCAACUCUAUGCGAUGAAGGUGCUAAAGAAAGCGGCUAUCGUUCAAAAGGCGAAGACCACAGAACACACUCGCACCGAGAGGCAGGUGCUGGAGCAUAUCCGCCAGUCGCCCUUCUUAGUCACUCUUCAUUAUGCCUUUCAGACACACAGCAAGUUGCACCUCAUCUUGGACUAUGUGAGUGGAGGGGAGAUGUUCACUCACUUGUAUCAGCAAGAUCACUUUUCUGAGGAGGCGGUGCGCAUUUAUAUCGGAGAAAUAAUAUUGGCUUUGGAACAUCUGCACAAGCUCGGGAUUGUGUACCGAGACAUUAAAUUGGAAAAUAUUCUCCUGGACAGUGAAGGUCAUGUGGUAUUGACAGAUUUUGGACUCAGCAAAGAAUUUCUGCAAGAAGAGAAGGAAAGAACCUACUCUUUUUGUGGUACCAUUGAAUACAUGGCGCCAGAAAUUAUCAGAGGGAAGACAGGCCAUGGCAAGUCAGUAGAUUGGUGGAGCCUUGGUAUCUUGAUGUUCGAGCUACUGACGGGAGCUUCUCCAUUUACUUUGGAAGGAGAAAGAAACUCCCAGAGCGAAGUGUCAAAACGUAUCCUCCGCUGUGAUCCACCAUUCCCCUCUAUGAUUGGACCCACUGCUCAGGACCUGAUCAGGAAGCUCUUGGUGAAGGUUCCUCACAAGAGACUCGGUUUUGGACCACGGGGUGCCGCAGACAUCAAGACCCAUGCCUUCUUUAAGGGACUGAACUGGGACGAUCUUGCUCAGAAAAAGAUUUCAAGCCCGUUCAAGCCUGAGCUGAAGAGUGAACUUGAUGUGGGGAACUUUGCUGAGGAGUUCACUGGAAUGGAACCAGUCUACUCCCCAGCCAGCACACCUCCAAGCACUGAUCGCCUCUUUCAGGGCUACUCCUUUAUUGCGCCUUCCAUCCUGUUCAAUAAAAAUGCUGUCAUGGGAGACUUUUUGGAAUCCCAGGUUCCCGCCGACCGACCAGCUUCUGCCUCUGUCCAGCGCAGUGCAAUGUUAGCGGAAUCACAAUUCUUUCUUCACUAUGAGCUGUGCCUUCAGGGUCCACCCUUAGGGGAGGGAAGCUUCUCUGUGUGCAGAAAAUGCACACAUAAGCAAAGCGGCCUCGAGUACGCCGUCAAAAUUGUCAGCCGCAGAAUGGAGGUCAACACCCAAAGGGAGAUUGCUGCUUUGAGGCAAUGUGAAGCUCACCCGAACAUUGUUAAGCUACAUGAUGUCUUUACUGAUCAGUACCACACCUACUUAGUUAUGGAACUUCUGCGUGGAGGCGAGCUUCUCGAAAGGAUCAAGAAGAAGAAAUUAUUUGGCGAAGCAGAAGCUAGCCAGCUUCUGCUGAGUCUGGUCUCAGCUGUCAGUUUCAUGCAUGAGGCUGGAGUCGUGCACAGAGACUUAAAACCAGAGAACGUGCUGUUUACAGAUGAGAGCGAGAACUCUGUUCUCAAAGUCAUCGAUUUUGGAUUCGCCCGUCUGUGUCCUGCUGGCAGCGCCCCGCUGCAAACGCCGUGCUUCACGCUGCAAUACGCCGCACCUGAACUUUUUGAGAGCGCAGGUUACGACAAAGCCUGCGACCUUUGGAGUCUCGGGGUCAUCCUGUACACCAUGCUGUCAGGCCAGGUGCCGUUCCAGAGCGAGCAGGUGGGGAUGACGUCGUCUUAUGCUGCCGAUAUCAUGCAUAAGAUUAAGGAAGGUGAUUUCUCCUUGGAUGGGGAGCCGUGGAAGGGCGUGUCAGAAGAUGCAAAAGAACUUGUUAAAGGACUACUGACAGUGGACCCAGAAAGGCGACUCAAGCUCUCUGAUUUGAAAGAGAACAGCUGGCUACAAGGCGGAGCGUCAAUGUCCACGACACCUUUGUGCACUCCCGACGUGCUUGAGUCCAGCGGGCCCACCGUGCGGACUUUUGUGAACGCCACUUACAAGGCUUUCAACCGCGGUAAGAGAGAAGGCUUCUUUCUAAAAAGCGUCGACAAUGCCCCGCUUGCAAAACGGCGGAAACUCAAAAUGACAAGUACAGGCGUAGAGACCCGAUGGAGUUCAUCCUCUUCAUCCUCCUCCUCCUCCACUUCUUCCUCUGCCUCUGCAAAAGCAUCAAAAGCACAGCCAAAGCAAAGUGUCAGCCCAAAGCAGAGCUAGCUUUAGUUUCGCAAGCGGAUCAAGAAUAUGUCACGCGGAGUUGCUCAGACAAGUAAAAAAAAAAAAAAUGUACAGAGGAAACAACGUGGUUUAAUGUCAAGUUGAAUUCCAAUUUAUUACAAUAUGACUGAGGUAAAAUUUGUCAUUUGCCAUCAAAAUGGAGUUUGGAUGUGAAGCUGGGCUCGAGGAAAUGCAUAAAAUGUACAUUCUUUGUAUUUUCUCAUCAGACAGCAGUAACGUCAUACACUAAAAUUUCAAAAUGGAGAUAUGCCUCUUUUCACUGUGGGGGGAAAAAACAGUGCUUUGUAGGGUUAAAGGGAAAAAAUGAGCCAUUUAGAGCUGACGAUAAGUCAGUCCACAAUCGAGCCGAGCGAAUACACACGUUUGCACAUGGCAGAUGCAAUGAUGACAUCGGUGAUUUGCAUAUUUAAUAUUUGUCGUCGCGUUGAGGGCUUUUACAACUUAACAAAUUUGGUUUGAUUCCUGCUUUUACAAGUGUUAUGCUAGUUUUUAUUUUUAUUUUUUAGGCUGGCCAUUAACAGUCUGCACUUUGGGCUUUGAAUGUAAAUGAUCAAAACUGAGCUUUGAGGUCACAUAUCCGACAAGUCACAGUUUUAAAAAAAUAAAUGUUUUUGCAAAGUCGUUAUAACGCAAAUGUUUUACAUUACGAGCAACGUUUCAGGCGUGUACUCAUUAAAAAGAUUCACUUACAGUGUUGGCCGCAUCCACAAAUGUUGCAAUUGUGAUUUUACUGGCUGUAAAUUCUUUGCCUUGUGUACUGGUCUUUUUAUGUUUUUUUUUUUUUUUUUUUUUAAAGGAAACCGGUUGUUUAUCAGCAUUACUUGUAAACUGUUGAUUGGUGUGGAUUGUUUUGUAGUAAAUGUGUCCUGUUCUUACUUUUUUCUUUUUUACUUGACUAUUGUAUCGUGAUGCAGUCACUGAUGUAAACUGGGAUUUAUUUGCACCAAGACCAUUUGUUUUGCUGCAAAAUAAAUAUACAUUUUCAAUGGAA